GGCUGUGUAUCCGUGUUUCUGUUCGCUCACAGCGGUUAGACGAGCUGACGCUGCUCCAGUUCGGACGGUUCUUUAACGGCUCUGUACAGACCGGAAGUCCCGCCGUCGUCCAUCAGGAGGGCUGUUAUCGUGGUGCUGAGGUGUCGUCGCGUUGACGCUGGACCGACACCGGACCAGUGGACCGACGCCGGGCCAGUGCUAACAUCAGUUAGCUCCUCCAUCUCUGCGCCUUCAUCCUCGUCCUCUUCCUCCGUGUUUCCAGCGGCUAACCCGCGGAGCAGCACCCCGGCAGCCAUGGUAGGAGGACGGGCAGCUGUCGGGCUCUGGGUCGUCCUGGUGCUGGUUCAGCACUGCGGAGCCUUUAAUCUGGACGUGGAUUCUCCGUCCGUCUACUCCGGACCGCAGGGCAGCUACUUCGGCUUCUCUGUGGACUUCUUCAAACCGUCCAACAACCAAAAGUCAGACGUUCUGGUUGGAGCUCCUCGGGCGAACUCGUCGUCGUCAGGUGGAGGUGUGGUGGAGAGAGGAGCGGUGUAUAGUUGUCCCUGGAGUAGGUCCUCAUCCUGUCAGCAGCUGCAGUUUGACAGCUCAGGUGACAGGGUGAAUGAUGCAGGAGCUCAGAUGGAGUUUAAAUCCAAACAGUGGUUCGGUGCUUCAGUCAGAUCUGAUGGAGAACACAUCCUGGCAUGUGCUCCUCUGUACCAGUGGUCAACAUUCGGUGUGUCAGAGAGAGAACCUGUCGGAACCUGUUUCCUCAUGAAAGGAGGGACGGUGGUCGAGUACUCGCCCUGCAGAUCCAAUGCAAACUCACCUGAGGGACAGGGAUUCUGUCAGGCAGGAUUCAGUGCUGACUUUCUCAAGAAGAACAACAGAGUGGUGGUGGGAGGACCAGGCAGCUUCUACUGGCAGGGUCAGCUGAUCUCAGAUGACGUGUCGGAGAUCUUUGACCGUGGGGGCCGAGGCUUCAUCACGCCGUACGGAAACACGCAGGCCACAAAGUCUGCCAGCGCUCAGUAUGACGACAGUUACCUUGGAUACUCUGUCACAGUCGGAGACUUCAACGAUGAUGGAGUGGAAGAUUAUGUUACUGGAGUUCCUCGAGGGCAGAAAGCAUUGGGCUAUGUGAACAUCUUUAACGGCCACAACAUGGACUCCAUGGUGAACUUCACAGGAACUCAGAUGGCUGCCUACUUCGGCCAUUCAGUUGCUGCCUCUGAUGUCAAUAAUGACGGUGUGGUGGAUCUGCUGGUUGGAGCCCCUCUCUUCAUGGACAGAGGCUCAGAUGGAAAACUUAAGGAGGUGGGACAGGUGUCAGUGCACCUUGGUCGUGGUGGGUUCUCCUUCCACCCUGCUCAGGUGCUCACAGGCUCGGAGAAGUACGCCAGGUAUGGCUCAGCCAUCGCCAUACUGGGAGACCUGGACAGGGAUGGAUUCAAUGAUGUGGCCAUCUCUGCUCCGUAUGGUGGCCCUGACCAUCAUGGUCUGGUCUACAUCCAUAAUGGCCGCCCUCAGGGGCCGGACCCCUCACCUUCACAGGUCCUACAGGGUAAAUGGGCUUCGAGCUACAUGCCUGCUAGCUUUGGAUACUCUAUGACUGGAAACACUGACAUCGACCAGAAUGGAUACCCAGAUUUAAUAGUGGGAGUGUUUGGAGCAGACAAAGCUGUUUUAUACAGAGCUCGUCCUGUGGUCAGUGUGAAUGCCACAUUAGACAUCACUCCUCAGAUCAUUAACCCGGAGGAGAAGGCCUGCUCAGUUCCUGGAACCAGCAAUAUGGUGUCCUGUUUUAAGGUGAAAUAUUGUCUGAAGGCCAGCGGACCUGGAGCCCCUCAGACCCUCAGUUUCCGUGUGGACCUUGUGUUGGACCGCCUGAAGCAGAAGGAGGCGACUAAGCGCGUCCUCUUCCUGCACGGUCGGACCUUUCAGUACUCCAAGAACAUGAUGGUGACGAACGGGAAGACACCGGCCUGCGAGGAGCAGGAAGUCUUCCUGAGGGAUGAGUUUCGAGAUAAGAUCACACCGAUCUCCGUGGUGAUGGAGUACAGUCUGGACUAUAAGCUGGCUGCAGAUCAGACCGGACUGCAGCCCAUCGUCGACAUGUCCGCCCCCUCCAAUGUCACCAAACAGGCUCACAUCCUGUUGGACUGUGGAGAUGACAACAUCUGUAAACCUGACCUGAGGCUGUCGGUGAAGAGCAACCACCAGCAGAUCUACAUUGGAGACGACAACGCUCUGACUCUGGAGAUCAGUGCAGAGAAUCAGGGCGAGGGAGCAUACGAGACGGAGCUGCACGUCUACCCGCCACAGCAGGCCGACUUCACCGGCGUCGGAGCUGUGCACAGCCAGACUCUCAACAGGUUAUCCUGCUUCUACAAGAAGGAGAACCAGACCAAGGUGGUGGUGUGUGACCUGGGGAACCCCAUGAAAGGAGGAACAAAGGUGGUGGCAGAGUUGCGGUUCAGUGUUCACCAGCUAUCAGAGGAGGACACGUCAGUAAAGUUUGACCUGCAGAUUGUCAGCUCUAAUCAGUUCAACAACACCAGUCCACGAAUCUCCAGUGUCACCAAACUGGCUGUCCUUGCUACAGUCUCCAUAAGAGGGACGUCCUCUCCUGGUCAGGUUCUUCUUCCCAUCGCUAACUGGAAACCUAAAGAGCCUCCUGUGGUGGGAGAUGACAUUGGACCACAGAUAGUUCAUGUCUACGAGCUGCUGAACAAUGGUCCCAGUACAUUCAGUAAAGCCUCUCUGGAGGUCGAGUGGCCGUACCAGUUCAAGAACGGCUCGCUGCUCUACAUCACCAGCUACGAGACUGAAGGACCAAUCAACUGCACCACUGACAUGGAGAUCAACCCCCUGAACGUCUCUAACCCACUCUCCUCGGGGAAGAACACCAGCAGCGGGGUUCCACCCAGAGAACGAGAGACAGAGGGACGGAAUAGAAACCACAUCCGCAAGAGAGACCUGGAAUCCAGAGACACACAGAGCGACCUGCAGACUCUGGACUGCUCUACGGCGGAGUGUCUGAGGCUCAGGUGUCAGGUGGGUCGUCUGGAGAGGAGAAAGAACGCCAUCCUCUUCAUCUACUCCCGCCUGGCUGUCAACAACUUCCUCAGGACUGAGAAUCAGAACCGAUCAUAUGCGGUCCGAUCCACAGCCUCCUUCACUGUCAUCGAGAUGCCUUACAAGAACCUGGAGCCAGAACUACCGUCCAACAGUACCACUGUGAGUGUGUCGGUGGUGUGGGUGGCUGAGGUUCCUAUGCCGGUCCCUGGGUGGGUCGUGGCUCUGGCCGUUCUGGCUGGACUGCUGCUGCUGGCUCUGCUCAUCUUCAUCAUGUACAAGUUGGGUUUCUUUAAGAGAGUGCGCCCCCCACAGGAGGACUGCACUGAGAAGGAGCAGCUGCAGCCAGAGGAGAAUGGCAACGCUGAUGCCUAGAGGAGGAGGAGGAGGAGGAGGAGGAAGAGGAGGAGGAGGUCCCCCCUCUCUAUGAUCAGAGAACUUCAGGGUAAAAUGUCGGACGGGAGAGUUUCACUGUAUCACUGUAUCACUCCGAUAGAGGUUCUGCUUGAGGUUUUAAUGAGGUUUUUAUGAAUCAUUUUGUGUUUGUGCCAAAAGAGAAACUCCACCAGACAACAGCGGUCACACAGUUAAAGGACAAGUUCAACAUUUAUUAGCUUUGUUACUCGUCACAUGUUCAGACUCUCAGGUUAGCCUAGCUUAGCAUCAAGACAGCAGCUGUAACAGUUCUGAUGAACCCGUCUGUUUAAUGAGUGUGGACAUCACAGUGCAGAACCAUCAGCUGACUGGUUCAUAGAGGGUAAUGUUGACCCUCGUUACCCUGCAGACAAAUGACAUCUGCAGUGGGUUAAUCCAUGAGCCAAUCAGUGACUUCAGAGCAGCUGGUUGGCUGUUUUUGAACAGAACUGGGUAAAUGUUGAACUUCUUUAACAAAAUGACCAGGAACGCUUCAUGGGUCAGAAAUCUGAUCAUCUGUGUUUGUUCCAACAUGUUUGGCCUGAGAUUUAAUUUGCACAUUUUCUGUCUGGACCCACAAAAGAUCUGUGGGUGUGUGUUGCCCAGAAGUCCAGAACUGCUGAUGAAUUCAAGUUAUUGUAUAACCUGCCCUGAUCAAUAACACUGAGGCUGCGCAAAACCCAGAGCUGUGGCUCCUCUCCAUUAGCUUCCACAAAGUGCUGACUCAUCUUCCCAUGAUUAGAAUCAGAAUUUCUUUAUUUGCCCCCCAAACAAAUGACAGUAAGACAUUCAGUACUGAUAACAAUAAAAACAGACAGAACCACUGAAGGAGAGAACAGGCCAACUUCUUCAAAUAAACUAUGGGAAUAAAAUCACUGCUAGCUGAGUGUCAUUGAGGAUAAAGCUGUUAAAAGUGAAUUUAUGAAGCAAAGGAUCGUGGGUACAUGAUGUCCUCGGUGAUGGCAAUAUGAAAUAUGUCAUCAGCAAUGAGUGACCUGAGAUCAGCUGUCUGUUGUUUCUGAUACAGGUGGUUCAGUUUGUAGUGAGAAGGAGGAUGAGGAGGAGUGUUGCAGUAAUAGAUUACUCUGAUGUAUUCACUUUUUUCCUGCUGUGUGUGUGUGUGUGUGGGAGCUGUUUCUUCGGGGUGUUUUCACUGUUUGUUGAUAUUUGUUGCAUCAGAGCGUCUGUCUCAUUUCAAUCAUAUGUCUACAAUCAAACAAACUUUAUUCACAUUUGAUGUUUGUUUGAAAAUCAAUGCAGCGAUGAGUUUAUGAUUUGCUCUGUAAAACUGACUGCUGGUUAAGCCCCUCCCCUGAGGACUGAUGUCCAAUCAGAGCGAGGCAGGUCUGUCACUGUUACAGCAGUUUGCAUCUGCUGUAGUGGAAAUUGAUGUCAUUAGCAUGUCUGCUAGCAUUCUGACUACCUAUAGUGCAACUGAGCAUUACCUCCAAGGCUAAGAGUUAGCAUAGCAUAAGCCAACAACUCAAGUUUGUUGGGUUACAACAACAACAUUCGCUGUGUAGUUUUGCUCACCAUGUAGAGGAGAUGCUAUCAAAGUUAACACUAACAUCAGCAGCUCUGUUCCGAUCCUGAUCAGCUCCCGAUAGCAAAGACAGACUGCAAUAACCUCCUCUAUUAGCAAAAUACCAUGUAGCCAUCAAAUAAGUUAAGUUAGCAUGAUGCAGUUAGUGGAAUAUUUCAUGCAAAUAUACCUUUUUUUUUUUUUUUUUUUAAUUAUUUUCCAGGAAAUUAAGAACUGAAAUAUUAUUAAAUACCAAUAAGAUGAUUCUUGUUCCAUUGUUGGACCUGACACUGGCCUGAAGGUGAGACAGGUGACACCUUCCAACUUAAAACCACUCAGCUGUUAACAUCAGCUGGAGAACUGAUUGAGCUAACAUUAGUAUAGCGACUCCAAACAAAAGACGAAGUCACUGAGAGGCAGAGUGGGGGCGCAUUGCACUGGUGACUAGCUACACAACCAAGGAAGCCUCUUCCAUGUUGGCGAUUGCAUCCAUAUUUAUUUUCCAAACAGCGUAGCCCACAAAACGAUUAGCAUUAGCAUUGUAGCUACACUGAUGAACCUGGUUGUAACAGGAUGGAUCAUUGUUUUAGGAUUCUGAUGAUCAAAUCUGUCUAUGAAUUUAAACUGUGUGAGAGCAAAGAGAUUAACAGACAUAGCAACAGAAACUAAGGGGGCGGGGCUUAGUAAGCAGUUUUAGUUCCAGUUAUAUUUUUCCUUCCCUGCACUGAUGCUCAUCUACUCCUCUGCUUGUUUGAUUUAUUAUAGCGUUAUUUUCCUCAGAUUUCAGAUCGCGUCUGGCAGCUUCAUCUGAAAGCAGCUCGCUAUUUUCUGUGUGUGCAUUUAUGUGUGUGUGUGUGUGUGUGUGUGUGCAUGCUUCUGAAUAUAUAAACAAACAACAGAAAGUUCCUACAGAAUGAAUUCACCCAUAUUGGGUUUUCAUCAUGAAUUAAUAUUGAUAGUUUUAAAGAUAUAAUAAUCAAGUUAAGAGUAACACCACAGGAACUAUAAACCAUUUUGUUGUAUUAUCCUCUGCUGCCACUAGAGGUCACUGCUGCGCCACCAAACUGUUACUGACUCCUGCUGUCAUCACAGAUUUACUCCACAUAUAAACUGUGUUACUAGUCUGAUGUCGCACUUCUGGAGGAAACUUUACUCUUCUGACUGCGAUGUCACACCUUCAGUCACUUCCUGUUGACCACAGUGUGAACAGGGUGCAGACCAGUGAGACGGGAUCUCAUUAAUAGCUUGUUAAGAAGUCAUUAGCAUGUGUGAGUCUCUGAUGGGACAAGAUGGACAUUUCCACCUGACUGAGCUGCUUCACUGCACUUUUAAACGUGUUUAAACUGAACUAAUAUAAAUUGUUACUUCACUUUAAAUUCAGUUGAAAAUAUUCACAGAAGCUCUCAGGACAAAAGUUCUGCAUUAAAUAUAAACAGAAAUAUUAAAUUAUUGUUCAAUAUUAUAAUUAUAAUCCUUGUUGAAUUACAUAGAACAGAAUCAGAGCUUAAAAUCAAAGAAGUUAAUCACCUGUCUGUGUGUCUGUCUUUCUCUCUGUCUAACUGUCUCUUUCUCUCUAACAUGAGACAAUAUGUAUUUUUGAUGUAUGUAUUCUUUCACCUGGGGAAUAAAAUUAACUUUUUUCAUAAAGAGAUGAUUUCGCCUUUAAAAUAAACUAACCUGUUCACAUUGUAAA